AUGGGGAAGUCUCAUGAGGAGACUCUUGGGGAUAUCUUACAAGCGCAAAAUUCCCAUGAACUUUCUAUUAUCAGAUUAAGUGAGCCACUUGCUGGGCCACUGAAGGGGAACCCCGGGGAACGCACUUCGGACGUCUCGGCCGAUGUCUUCGACAAUCCAACUCCUGCAAGCCUCGAGGCGGAUUUGGCACAUUACAAGGAACUUUUCUCUAAACUCCGGUUCUCAUAUCUUGAACAAGUUACAAAGGAGAAGUUCAUCCGAGCCAUUGUGGGCGAUCCGCCGCUAGUCGUCGACCACCAGGAAAAUGUUGAUUUAGAGGAAUCACUUGCCGUUUCAAAAGCAUCUCUCAAAUCCCAGAAGACCGAAGUAACAGAUUUGGUAGAGGAAUUAGAGAAGAAAGGCCGAGAAAUAUGUCGGAAGUAUGAGAAUGUCCAAUUGCAGACAGCCCAGCUGCAAGAAUUGCCGGAAAGAAUCGAUGGAUUGCAGGCAAACAUUGAGAAUUUGAAGGCUAUGCAACAACCUGGUUCGGAUCCGAUUUUAAAUAUGUCCCUAGACAAAACCAUAGCGUUGGUAGACGAGAGGCGAAGGGAGAGAGCCGAGCUGGAUCGGCAAUUGGAGCAACUACAAUCGAUGCUACCGAGAAAGACUAGGGAGCGAGAGAGGCUGAAUGCAGAGUUGCAGCCAUUGGAGGUGAAGAGACUGGGGAGUAAGGCUGCUGCGAGAGAUGCAAAGCGGAGGAAGGAAGAAGCUUUAGGAGGGGUUGGAGACGAUCUAGAGGAGCGAGAAAGGGCGGAGAAGGACGGAGUGCGGAACGAAAAUCCAUCACGUGAUAGACGCCCGAAGUUCAAGGUUCGCUUCUCUAGUUUCGCGCUAACGACCGAUCCCACAUCUGAAUUUCUCGAAAUUCAAGCCCACGCGAAGAGUGCAACGACUACCUCGACAACCCCACGACGGCAACGAGCGAAGGGAACCUCCAGCUUCGGAAAGCGUCACAACAAGACGCACACUCUGUGCAGACGUUGCGGCCGACGAUCCCUCCACAUCCAAAAGCACACCUGCUCCUCAUGCGCAUACCCAGCGGCUAAGACCCGAAAGUACAACUGGGGCGAGAAGGCCAAGCGGAGAAAGACCACCGGAACUGGACGCAUGCAAUACCUGAAGGGCGUGCCAAGACGAUUCAAGAACGGCUUCCAGACUGGUGUACCAAAAGACUCGCGAGGACCAUCCAAGGCCGAAUAG